AUGGAAAUGGUAAUUACUGCAAAAGAGGAAGAUGAAGAACAAAUUGAAUUCCAAGAACCACUCAUUGGAACAGAACUUCUCUCUGCUGAUCAUCCUUUAUUGGAAAGAUUCCAAAAAGCGUUAAAAGAACACUUGCUUAAAGUGAAAAAUGAGUUGGAAGAAGAAAUCGUUGACUUAGAUAAUUCGAUACAGGAGAAAGAUUUGGAGAUUGAAGAAGUUGGAUCGAAGCUUUUUGAUCUGAACAAGGAAAUUGAGGGUCAGAGAGAUCAACUUGAUAAAUACUCUAAACAGAUCCUUGAUAUGUCUGAUAAACGAAAAACAAAUGAAGAGAAAGCUGCUCGUUUAAAAGCUGAAGCCAAUAAUAAAGAAGCUUCAUGUAAAGAUCUUAAACGCAUGAUAAACGAAAUUUCACAAGAAAUUGCAAGUAUGAGAGUACUGGAAAGCGAAAUCACAAAAUGGAACGAUGAAAUUCAAAGUGAAAUCGCUCUUGCAAAACGGAUUGUAAGCAAGGAUUCUAAAGACAAAAUUCUUGCAUCCGAAGAAAAGAAAAAAAUGGAUUUGAUUCUCUUCAAACUCGACAGUGAAGUUCGUAAAAAUGAAACUCAAUUAUCAAACAUUGAAGAUCAAAUAAGAGAACACAAUGAUUCAAUAGCUUCAUUGAACAAGAGUUUAGCAGAUGCUAAUGUUGAUUUGGAAGGUUUGCAACAAGAACAGAAAAAACUUAUGCAAGCAUGGGGCGAAAUUAUUAUCGCAGUUCAACAUCGCGAUAAAAUUUUAUCAAAAACAAAGACCGAAUUAUUCAAGGAACAAGAAGAACAUAAACUAUUGCAGGCAAGCAUUGAAACAACCAAGAAGUUUGUAAUGAAAGAACUCGAAACAAGUGAAAAGUUGAACGAAUUCAAAGAUCGAAUGAUGCUUCAAAUUUCUGAGAGUGAAAAUAUCAAGUUAGAACAGAAGCUUGAUCAUUUCAAAUCAAUUUUGGAGAAGACGGAAAGUGAUAUCGAACAAGCGAGAUCUGAAGGCUUGUUGACCAAGAAUCAUGUGACAAAACUCUCCAAUAAAUUAGAAAAGUUGAAUCGCGAAAAACUUGAAAUGGAAGAAAAGAUUCUUGACUUGCUGCAAGAUCAAGUAACAACUGAUAAAGCUGGUCAACAUCGAGGAGUGUUGCUUCGCAAUACACAAGAAGAACGAAGAAAAUUGGAAAUCAUCAUGGCACAAACCGAAAAUCAACUUUCGUUAACAAUUUUGGAUCUUGAAAAGUGGCGAGGAAAUGUUCAAAAAGCUAAGGAACAUGUCGAUCAAAUGCAAAAAGAACACAACGAAGCUGACUUGGAAGCAAAUAAUGUGAACGAAGAGAUCGAAAAGCUUAAAGUUGCUACUAAAAAUAAAAUGGUUAUGCUUGAUUCACUUCAUAAGCAAUUGGAGCAGAUGAUUGAAAAUCUUGGUGGCAAAGAAAUGUCUUUGAAAGAAGCUCAAGUGAUUGAUUUGGAGAAAAAGAUCGCUGAACUUAAUGUGAGCAUUAAAGAAUCUCAACAAUUUUGGCUUCGAAUUCAGUCGAUGGUCGCUGAAUUAUCUGAAAAACGAGCUCAGCAAAUGGACGAAAUUUUCAUCGGUCGUAAGCAGUUGAUGGUCGUUGAACAAAAGGCUUUGAAAGUUGAAGCUGAACUUGAGCAAAGUCAAAUGGAACAAAAAGAAAUUAAUCGAUCAUUAUCGAUCCUUAACAAUAAACUUGAUCAAGCAAGUGUGAAACUUUAUGAAAAACGUAAAAUGCACGAAAAGGGAGCAGUCGAAUGUGAAAUAGCUCACAAGGAGACAAUUAAUAAACUGAAAGAUGCUGAAAUGGAUGUGCUGCGUUUAGAACAAGACAUCACUGAAUUGGGUCGAGAGAUUGAAGAAUUCAAACAAGAAAUGACAGAUAAACAUAACGAAGCUUUGUCGUGGGAAACGAAAGUGAAAAUGGCAUCGGAAGCUAAGAAAUUGCAAGACGACGAACUUGCUAAAAGCAGUGAAAUUGGAAUUAUGAAAGCGGAAAUUCAUCGAAUGGAAGUUAAAUAUGCUCAAUUAAAGAAAAUUCAAGAGAAAAUGGUUCAAGCUCUCGAAAAUAGUGUUUAUCAUCGUGAUCAUAUUCACGAUGCUGCAAAAGUAAGAGAGAAGAAAACAGGAACGAAGAACAAAACUCAGAGUAACAUUAAACAUAAACUCAACGAAAUGAUGAAUAAACUUAAAAUUAUUAAAAUAGAAUUAAAAACAAAUCAGAAACAAUUUACCGAAUUUCAAGCAAGAGAACAAGAAAUCAAAGAUAAAAUUGCUGCUAAAGAACAAGACAUACAAAGAGAGAAAAUGCAAGAUUGCUUACUUCAAACUGAAAUCGAACAAAGUUUGUUGUUGAAGCAAAAAAAUCUCGAAAAUAUUGUCAAGCGACAAAAGCGCACAAAAAGCUACAAAACUCUUCAAACUUGCACUUAUUUGCCUAAACUGAAAGCUGCUACAGUUAUGGAUGCUGAACUUCAACGACAAACAGAAAUUCAUCAGCAUCUCCUUGAGAUAUUGGAAAGUUUGCAACGUGAUUUUCCAGCUCAUAAAUUUCCAAUCGAGAAAAUUCUUCAAACUUUGAGAAAUUAA